AUGGCGCACAGUGAGGGGGCUACCGGAGCCCCAGCUGGCACCGUGGUGCCCCAGGAGCUGCUGGAGGAGAUGCUUUGGUUUUUUCGUGUAGAAGAUGCAUCUCCUUGGAAUUAUUCCAUCCUUGCCCUGGCAGCUGUCGUGUUUGUGAUAAGCAUGGUCCUCUUGGGAAGGAGCAUCCAGGCAAACAGAAAUCGAAAGAAGCAGCCAAUAGAAAAAGAAACUCCAGAAGUCCUGCAUUUGGAUGACACUGGAAGCAAGGAACAAAAUAGCCUAAACAACCUAAGCAAGACUUUGCUCUCAGAACAGCCAAACACGGCUAAGGUGGAAAAUGAGUUAAAAGAGAGUGAUGUCGCAUUGGUUCUCCUUCCACACUCACCAGAAAUUCAGAGCUAG